AUCACAAUGCCAGAACCACAAGCUAAGGCUGCACCCAAGAAGGGCUCCAAGAAAGCCGUCACCAAGGCUGCCGGCAAGGGCAAAGGAAAGAGGAGAAAGGCCAGGAAGGAGAGCUAUGCCAUCUACGUGUACAAGGUGCUGAAGCAGGUCCACCCUGACACCGGCAUCUCGUCCAAGGCCAUGAGCAUCAUGAACUCCUUCGUCAACGACAUCUUCGAGCGCAUCGCUACUGAGGCUUCUCGCCUGGCUCACUACAACAAGAGAUCCACCAUCUCUUCCAGGGAGAUCCAGACUGCCGUGCGUCUCCUGCUGCCCGGCGAGCUGGCCAAGCACGCUGUGUCUGAGGGCACCAAGGCUGUCACCAAGUACACCAGCUCCAAGUAAAUUGUUCUCUCAAUUUACACAACCAACGGCUCUUUUCAGAGCCACCCACAUUCUCGACAGAGAAAGUUCCAGCAUGUUCUGUUGCAGUUCACAUCGAUAUACAAUAACAAACUUUUUGUGAAGCAUUUGUUAUAGGACACAUAUCUGGUAAUACUUAAAGCCGAAGUGCUAUUUUAAUGAAGUGCCAUAGAAUGUAGUAAUCAGUACGUUUUGAAUGGCUAGCAUUGCAGUAAAUAAAAAGUUAAUCUGAAUGAGACAUUAAUUUCUAUAUAUAGCACUUAUAAGCACAAGGGAAUUCUCGUACUCCCUCGUUCCAGGAAGAAUGCUUUGCGGAAAUCUUUUAUUUAUAGAUCUUAAUCGCUCUGGAAUAACCUGCCUCCAAUUCUCGUCGGCAUUGAAAGUAAACAGGUUUUUAAAAAGAAAGUAAUGUUUUAUCCAAGUCUUUAAAUUAGUUUGCUCGUUGAUGAUUUGUUUGGUUUUAUAUUGUGUAGUUCUAUUUAUAUGGUAAUUAUUAUUCUGUGACUGUAAAUUGUUUGCUUGUUUUCUUAUUGAUGCUUUUAUUUUUUAUUUUUUUCUGUAUUGUGUAGUUAUAAUUAUAUGCUUUUACUUGUAACUGUAUUGAAUUGUGGACCCCAGGAAGACUAGUGGGUUGUUGAGGCAACCAGCUAAUGAGGAUCCUUAAUACAAAUCAAAAUCACCUGGUUGUGUUUCAUUUAGUCAGUUUACACCAGGGGUGUC